AUGCCUCAGACAGAUAAGCAAAUAUGCAUCCCCCCGGAGCUGCCGGACUUGCUGAAGCAAUUUACCAAAGCCGCCAUUCGGUCCCAGCCGCAGGAUCUCAUCCAGUGGGCUGCAGAUUAUUUUGGGGCUAUGUCCCGUGGAGACAUUCCUCCAGUGAGAGAGCGGUCUGAGCGAGUGGCUUUGUCUAACUGGGCUGAGCUGACACCGGAGCUGUUAAAGAUCUUGCAUUCCCGGGUUGGUGGCAGACUGAUUGUCCAUGCAGAUGAGCUGGCCCAGAUGUGGAAGGUGCUGAAUCUCCCAACUGACCUGUUUAACAGUGUGAUGAAUGUGGGCCGCUUCACGGAGGAAAUUGAGUGGCUGAAGUUUCUAGCCCUUGCUUGUAGCUCUCUCGGAGUUACCAUUGCCAAAACUCUCAAGAUAGUGUGUGAAGUGUUAUCAUCGGACCAUGACAGCGGCCCUCCCCGGAUCCCUUUCAGCACCUUCCAGUUUCUGUACACAUAUAUCGCUGAAGUGGAUGGGGAGAUCUCAGCAUCACACGUCAGUCGAAUGCUGAACUACAUUGAACAGGAAGUUAUUGGUCCUGACGGUUUAAUCAAGGUGAAUGACUUUACCCAAAACCCCAGGGUUCGGCUGGAAUAA